UUUUUUUAAUUUGUGCGCAGUAAUUUCGUCAAAAGUUUUGAAUUUUUAAAAAGAAUUAAAUAGAGGGCCUUGGCCGUCAAAAUAGCUGGUACGUUUUUAAAGCGAUGAGUUUACAAUCAUUAAUUGAAGCAGCAAAGUUUAUUGAUUGUGUAUCAACAACAACAACAAAUAAAAGACAAGAUAAUAAUUUCAUAGUUUGUUUGAAAAAUGAUGAAGAAGAUGAUCUAAAUCAGAUUGAGCGCUCGCCAAACAGCGUAAAAAACGAUAACAGAGACGUAAAAAAAACAAGAUCAAAAGAAGCACAUAAAAAUUUAGAAAAAAAUAGACGUGCCCACAUCAGGGACUGCUACAGUAACUUGAUUGACGUCUUUCCUAUGGGAUUCCCUAAGAGACCAUCUAAUCUUGAUAUCAUUCAGUAUGCUAUUGGUUACAUACAGAUAUUAGAGCGGGAAUUCAAGAGGUUGGACGAAGAGUUGAGGAAGGAAUUUGAAUUGUUUCAACUGUUGCAAGCCAGACUAGGCGGUACCGAUGAUGACGUCAUGUCAACCUUUUCCUUUUUUGAUGACGACGUCGAUAUUUCCUCAGCCUCCGCAUCUUCUGUAGAUAACAACACUUUAGACGUUGAAAAUACCGUCGCCUACGGCACCGACUCCAUUUCGCCUAUACCAAUUUUGUUGCUAGACCAUCAGCAGCAACAACUACUACUACAACAACAACAACAAUUUUACAUUUUCUGUCCUGUUAGCUUUGAAACACUGUUAUCUGCGACGACAGCAUUAACGACUACAGCAGCAGCGGUAGUAGCUGCCACAGACGCUAGGCCAGUACCAACAACGACAACGAAUAAUAAUAUAAUAACAUAGUAAUAACGAAACAUAAUUAUAACAUUAAUAAUGGUGAUAAUAAUGGUAAAAGUGAUGUGAAAGUGACGAGGUGCAAUGGUGAUGUGAGGAGAUUUUAACAGUUGUAGACAUCACACGCACGCACGCACACCUAUUACAAACACUGCUCAAUAGCUAUAAAUACUUUUGAAAUAUCUCCAGUUGGUUUCUAUAAUUUUACUCUUUCAUUGUUUAAAGUUGACAGAAGCAAUUUAUGAUAUAAAUAUUGAAUAUAUUUCACUGCUCUGUACUUUUAUUUUGAAUUGAGCAUAGUGGUUUUAUAUUGACAUUUCAUUAUUUCACCAUUUCAUAGUUUUAAUUAUUUAUUACCCGGGCUUUGAAUAAGAGAGUUCUCAUUAGCACAAAAAAGAAUAAAA